AUGGCGGCUCUGGAAAGUCUUGUGCAAGCGUGGCUCGAAACGGACAAGAAUGAGACGACUCACGCCGAGAUCCGAUCACUUUGGGAGAGCGGGAACACCGUCGAGCUCGAGCGGCGUCUGAGAAAUCGCAUCGGAUUCGGAACGGCUGGGCUACGAGGUCGCAUGGAAGCAGGAUUCGCAAGAAUAAAUGACUUGAUCAUUAUACAAACGUCCCAAGGACUCUGCGAAUACGUAUUGGAGCAGUUUAGUGAUGCCAGACAGCGCGGGGUGGUCAUUGGUCACGACCACAGAUAUAAUUCAGAGAAAUGGGCUCGCCUUACGGCUGCCGUUUUCCUUCAGCGAGGGUAUAAGGUUUACCUGCACAAAGGUCUGGUUCACACACCUCUUGUUCCAUUCACCAUUGGGGAAACCAAAGCGGUUGCCGGUAUAAUGAUAACGGCCAGCCAUAACCCGAAGCAAGAUAACGGUUACAAAGUAUACUGGGAAAAUGGUGUCCAGAUUAUAUCUCCGCAUGACGCUGGGAUCGCAGCAGAAAUUCUAUCUAACCUCACUCCGGCAGUUCCCUCUCCCUGGGAUGAAGUUGCGAAGCAAGUCACCGAUCACCCGAGCAUCGUUGACUGCACGGAGGAGAUGUAUGCCCGAUACUUUACCAUCCUGAAGGGUCUGGUCCCAUCGAUCCCACAAGAUCAAAGCUUCACCUUCGUAACUACCCCAAUGCAUGGCGUUGGGCACAAGAUCGUCACACGAGCACUGCAAGAGGUCGGCUUUCCAACUGAGCGCAUUUUCGUGGUCGAAGAGCAACGAGAUCCAGACCCAGAAUUCCCUACGGUUUCUUUUCCCAAUCCAGAGGAACACGGAGCGCUCACUUUGGCCAUGCGGAAGGCGGAUACAGUAGGUGCUGCCUACGUGUUGGCGCAAGACCCAGACGCAGACAGAUUCACCGCUGCACAAAAGACCUCAAAUGGUUGGCAUCAAUUCUCUGGAGACCAGCUGGGAUCGCUCCUGGGAGCACGUGCUUUAAGCAAGCAUGUAUUAACUGAGAAACCUUCAGAUCGAUUAGCGAUGGUGGCAUCCACCGUGAGCUCCAAGAUGCUCGAAUCAAUGGCAAAGCUCGAAGGAUUCAAGUUUGUGGAGUGCCUCACUGGCUUCAAGUACAUAGGCAACGUGGCGAGACAGCUUGAACAGCAGGGUUAUGACGUUCCGUUUGGCUACGAGGAGGCCAUUGGCUUCAUGCUCGAGUCUGGGAUACGCGACAAGGACGGAGUUAGCGCCACAGCUGCAUUCAUCGAGCUUGUGACCGGAUUACAUGCACGCGGCUCAAACGCUCUUCAAUACUUGCAAGAGCUUUAUGAGCGGUACGGCUACUUUGAGACGAGCAAUUCCUACUUUAUUUGCAAUGAUCCACCGACGAUUGACACCAUUUUCGCUCGUCUACGCGCAUACAAUGCUACCCCCAGCGACACCGCGGCGGGAGCCGUGUGGAGAAAUCCUGCAACGGGCGCCACAUAUCCACGUGCAAUUGGUUCACUAAAAAUUACGAGCAUACGAGAUCUGACCUCUGGUUACGGAUUUGACUCGAGCCGGCCCCCGCCGUACGAGCCCAUAUUGCCUGUUUCUGGCGCACAUAUGAUCACUUUCCGUGCAGGAUCCACAGAGACAGAUGGCGUUUCUAUAACACUGACUAUCAGGUGCGCCUACAUCACCUCAUCUGGGGUGGCUUUUCCGUCGCCUAAAUCGCUUAAAUUUAACAGGACCAGCGGAACCGAGCCGAAAAUCAAAUAUUAUCUUGAAGGUCAAGGCAGGGACAGGUCACGUAUAAGUGACGUUUUGCAAAGUAUUGUUGAGGAGCUCCGAACAGACUGGAUGCGUGCAGCAGAGAAUAACCUAGCAGAGCCAUAA